AUGUCUUCCACAAACCCCACCGUCCGUCACGCAACGCGCAAAGACGUCCCCACAAUCCUGGGCCUCAUCCAAGAGCUCGCCGACUACGAAAAGGCCUCGUCGUCGGUCGAAGCCACGGUCGAAUCCCUCACGCGCACCCUCUCCCAUGCCGACCCCUCGGACCCCGACAACCCGGACAAAUUCUCAAAGGGCUAUGCGAAAACGCUGCUCCUCACCGACCCAGACGGCACCAUCGUCGGCAUGGCCCUCUACUUCUACAACUACAGCACCUGGACCGGCGUCCCUGGCAUCUACCUCGAAGACCUCUUCAUCAAGGACGCCUACCGCAACAAGGGCUAUGGAACCCUCCUGCUUAGCCAGCUGGCCAAGGAGACGCUCAAGGUGGACGGCAAGCGACUCGAGUGGAGCUGUCUCGACUGGAACGAGCCCAGUCUGAGUUUCUACCAGAGCGAGAAAAUAGGUGCCGCGAAGAAGGACGAGUGGGUUGGAUUGAGGGUGGAGGGGGACAAGCUAGAUGCGUUAGCUGGCUCGUCGGCGUCGUAG